AAGAUUUAGGAAGGGAGGUGGGGGCCCAUCUCCCUGUGCAGGCAGGGACUGAGCAGAAGCAUCCCACCCUUCACUUGCAGAGGAGCAGCAGCCAGAGGAAUUCUCUGCUUGGCUUUUGAUCUCCAGUGCUCGAGGAAGGCCUGGCCUGGGAUGGAUUAUUGACCUGAGCAAAGCUAUGUACCUGGAUUACCUUUGUUGUGUUACCUUUAAGCAAGCGGGAUGACUCAGGUGCCUGCUGACUACCUGUCAACCACCAGCUCCUACAACUAUGAGCCACCCCUCCCCUCCGUGGCUCGGGCCAGCACCCUCACCAAGGUCCCUCCGGCCAAAAAAAUAACCUUCUUCAAGAGUGGAGACCCUCAGUUCGCCGGAGUCAAGAUGGCCAUCAACCAGCGGAGCUUCAAGAGCUUCAACGCGCUCAUGGACGACCUCUCCCAUCGGGUCCCGCUGCCCUUCGGGGUCAGGACCAUCACCACCCCACGAGGAAUACACUGCAUCAGUGAGCUGGACCAGCUGGAGGAUGGAGGGUGCUACCUGUGCUCUGACAAGAAGUACGUGAAGCCCAUCAGCAUCACCUCCGGGGGACACAGGCCGGCCCCGCCGCGGAACAGUCGCCCCUCCAGCACCAUGAGGAGAGCGGCUCAGGAGGGCAAGAUGGAAGAUUAUUCCGCACCUUUCACUCACCAUGGUCCCAGAAUACCCAAGAAAAUCACUCUGGUUAAGAAUGGGGAAAGUGGAUUUCGGCGUUCCAUCAUCCUGAACCGUAGAAAUGCCCGGAGUUUCAAAACGCUCCUGGAUGAGAUCACGGAGAUCCUGCAGUUCCCGGUGAAGAAGCUCUACACUAUUGAUGGGAAGAAGAUUGACAGCAUGCAGGCCCUGCUCCACUGCCCCAACGUGCUGGUGUGCGUAGGCCGGGAGCCCUUCAAACCUGUAUCCAUGGAGAAUCUGAGGAAACACUCGGUGGAGAAGCUGCCCAACCUGCCUCCCCGCUCCAACAAUGGCAACAAUGUCAACGAGAACAAUGACAUGAACUUUGGACUGAAAGCCAAAAAAAGCGUUAUCCAUCCACGGUCAGCAUCCAGCAACAGGUCCAUGAGAUUUUCCUUGUCAUCAGAGAAGUCAUACCCCAAUGGCCUUGCUGCCUCUCCAGACAACGGGGGCCCCUUCUCCAAUGGCUGCUCUCACCCAAAAGCUGGGGACCUGGUCCAGUCCCUGGUCAACGAUGACAUCGAGAAGCGGGUCCAUGUGAACAAGGAUGGGAGCUUGUCUGUGGAGAUGAAGGUUCGCUUCCGUUUGCUCAACGAUGAGACUUUGCAGUGGUCCACCCAGAUCAAAAAGUCCAACCUGAUGAACCAGCUGCCUUGUGAAGAGUCAGGAGUGGAGGAGGACAGCGGAGGAGAUCCCCUACAGAAAAUGAACCCAGAAGCCAGCUCAGAGGCAGAUGACUCCUUAUAUCCCUGUGAUAUUGAUUCCUACAUGUCCAAACUUGAGGAAUCAGAAUAUGACGAGGCCCACUGUCACAGCUGUGGAAAGAAACACCAGGACUAUGACAUUUGGAAGAAUCCCAUGCACAUGUCCCAGAGGGAGGAGCCUGGCGUGCGAAGCACCUGGCACACGCACUCUUCGUGCUCCAGCACAUCUUCCCGCAGGAGAGUAGUCCACAAAAAAAUGACAUCUGUGGAUAGCAUCCACACCACAUCCAGUGAGGAAUUCUCUGAGCACAUUGUGAGAGAGUCCUCAUCCUACUCAGAGACUAUAAAGAACAGAGUGGCGUAUCGAUCUGUUAAAAAGUGUGUGUGCCGAAGUGAUUUAUCCACCGGUGCUUCCAAUGGAGAAGAACAGCAGGAACACACCAGGACAAGCACAGGAAACAGCCAGAGGCCUUCAUCCUUGGGCUUGAUGUCACAUUCAAGCUGUGAAAACAACCUGGAUACUCAAGACAGCCCUGAAGACCAGGAGAUCACCAAAAUCAUUUCACAGAAUGAGGACGCAAAUUGUUUUGAAGCUUCCUCUGUGAAGUGCUUGAAGGAUGACCCAGAAGAGGUUGAAAGCAGCAGAGUUGGGAGUGUCAUGUCCAGGUCGUCCCUGCAGUCCAGGCAGAGCAAGAAGAACGUGUGUGAGGAAGUGAGCAGCGUGGGCAGGAGCAUGUCCUCCUCAAGCCUUCAGAAGGCAAACCAGGGAGAGAACAGCCAGUGCUCCACCCCUGCCAACAGUGUGCACAGCAAGUCCAGUAACUGCACCACACCAAAGGAAAAGGCUGAGCAGGGUGACACCUCUGAUGACAACCCAGUGGUGUCCUCUUUCUCCAGCGAGUCCUGCCCCAAGAAGGAGGCUGAAGAGGUGGAAGCAGACCAGGAAGAAAGCGAAGUCAAUGAAGUCAGCUCAGUGUCAGCAAAAACAAAGCCAAGCCAAUCAAUCAGGGGUGAGAGCAGUGAAGGGGAACGAUGCUCUACACAGGGAACCCACCGUUCCAAGGCUAGUGACAGGAGCAGCAAGAAAAGUGGCAGUGAAGAGAAUGUUCCAUGCAGUGUCUCUUGCUCUUCCAGAGGGUCCAAAAAGAGCAAACGCUCCCACGCUCAUUUGGACGCACGGUCUGAAAUAUCAGUGUCUUCACUUGAAUCAACUCUGAAUAAAAAGAAUUCCCUACAUACAGAUGAUGCAAGAUCAGGCAGCAGGGCAUCAAUUUACUCCAAAAGUUCAUGUGAAAUCAAGAAAAAAUCUGCUGGAGACAUCAUGUCUCAUAAGUCAGGAUCUCUUCACUCAAACAUUUCAUCUACCAGUGAACCAGAGGCAACUGCGGGUCCUGCUGAGGAGGAGACCUCAAAAAGUACUGCCAAUGGCUACAGUGAAAGUUCAAAAAGCUCAAAGAAAAGAAGCCAUAAAGAAGAAAACAGCAAGCCAUCAUCCCUCUGCUCAAGUCUUUCAAGUCCUAAUGAAAAAUCUGGAAAGGGUCAUGCCAAGAUUAGUUCUGAACCCUCUUCUUCAAAACAGGGAAGCAUGAGUGGGAGUGUAUGUUCAAAAGUUGACCACCCAAAUGAGGAUGGGGUUAGGAAUGGAAAACCCACAAGUAGCUCCUCAAGAGUCUCUUCAAAGUCAGAAAUAAAAGAUAAAUGCGUGUUGACCCAGAUAUCCCAGGAAACUGAUGAUAGGUGUUCACAAUCAAACAUGUCUCUGUCUUCAAAAUCAAGACAGACAAACAGGAAAAAUCUUCGUGUGAAGGUGUCAAAUUCCAGCCGGGCAUCGGUGUCAGAGACUAUGUCAGUGUGCAGUCUGCAAUGCCCUGCCCCACCAAAAGGGAAGCCAAAAAGAAAAAAUAUCCGUGCGACCAUUUUGAAGAAUUCCUCCAUCAGCAGCAUCGGCACCGAGUCCGUGCUGACCGCAGGGAGAGAGCAGAAAGAAAUUGUGGAUUCCUCCAAAGCAACUUCCUACGGCUCUAAAUCCGCUGCAACUGAAGGAAAUGGUCAGAAUAAUAAAGAGAUUGAUGAUUCUUGCAACAAAAAAACAGAGGAAGAGGUAGAAGAUGCAGGUGUUCAGGAGGAAGGAGGUGAUUUAAUGCCAUCAGCUCUACCAAAUGCAUCUCCAGAAGAAGUUGUGCAAGAGUGGCUCAGGAAAAUCCCUUCGGAAACAUUGCUCAUGAAAUAUGAAAUGGAGGAUGAUGGAGAAGAGGAACAUGCAGAGUCAACCACUGAGGUGUCUCACUGUACAAAUGCUGAGGAAGCCCCAGAGGAGGAAAAAGCUGAGGAGAAGAAUGAAGAAGAGGAGGCUGAAAAGGAUGAAGCAAAGGAUGAAGAAAAGGAUGAAGCAAAGGAUGAAGCAAAGGAUGAAGUGGAAGAAGAGAAAGCAGAAGACACAGCUGUUGUUGAAGAGGCUGAAGAAUGUGUGAACCAGGAAAAAAUCUCUGAGGUUCCACCUGAAGCUGCUGAGGCUGAGCAGGCAGAAUGCAACAAGUCAGUUACAUCCAGCCAAAACAACAACAAGAGAGACCUUCCAACCUCUGUCCAAACAUCUGUCCAGAUCAUGAAGGCCUUGCUCAGUUCAAAGCAUGAGACCAAAUUUGACCGAUCAAAUAGUCUGCCUGAAGUAUCCCCCACAAUGGGGAGGAAACUGAGUAACUCUGCCAACAUUUUGAUUACUUGUCUUGCCAGCCUCCAACUCCUUGAUGAAGAGUCAGAGGAUCCAUCAGAAAACUCAAAACAUUUGAAUAAGUCAAGGUAUACAGAGCUGCUAAAUAUUUUUCAAGCCCUGUGGUUUGGGUGCACUGCUGAAAGGAGCGGCCCAAGCUCAGAUCAAGAGGCAAGCAAGGUGGCAAUGCCAGUGUCUGGGUCCAAAGCCCCAAAAUCCAUGGAUCACGCCUUCACUCCCAUGUCCUCCUCUGGGGUUGAUGUUUGCAGUUGCUCUGGUGGCUCAGGAGAAGAGUGCACAGCUGGUGCCACGUUGGUGGCACAGAAAACCAUGGAAUGCAAAACAGCUGAGCAAAUGGAAAAUGCAGAGACUGGCACAGAAGUGACUGAGGUUGAGGAGCAAAGUAAAGAGGAAGAGCAGCCAUCCCGCCCUUCCACAGCCUGCUCAGAAGCAAAAGGUGAGGAAAAAGCAGAGUCUGCUAGAGAGGAGUCUGUAAUCCAGGCGGAAGAAGAGAAUAAGGAGGAUCAGGGCAGUAACUGUGAGCAUGAUCAGGGGGAAGGAGGAGAAAAUGAAAACGAAGAAGAAAACAAAUUAGCUGAAACUGGAGAACAAGAGGAAGCUGAAGCUGUGACUGAUGAAGUCCCACAAGAAAACCCUGAAGAAGAGGCUGACCAGCCAGAGGCCACUGGUGAUGAAGAAAACCCUGAAGAAGAAGCUGACCAGCCAGAGGCCACUGGUGAUGCAAAUGUUGGUGAUGCCGAUGUUGGGACGGAACUGAAAGAGGAGGUGCAGGAGCAGCCCCAAGAAGAGUCACCAAAUGAUCCCGAGCCCAAAAUCGAUACAUCCACCAGUGUGGGCACAUCCCUUGUCCAGCAAAACUCCAUGGAUCCAGACCCAACCUGGGUCCUGAGACUGCUCAAGAAAAUCGAGAGGGAGUUCAUGGCUCACUAUGUCAAUGCCAUGAAUGAAUUUAAAGUCAGGUGGAACCUGCAGGACAAUCAGCAGAUGGAUGCAAUGAUACUGGAGCUGAAGGAGGAAGUGAGUAAAAGGAUACAAAAGAGCAUAGAGAAGGAGUUGAGGAAGAUCAGAAGCAGAGCAGGAAGGAGGAUGCCGAGACCUCCAGAGGGGCCACCCACACGUGAGUCCAAACUCCAAACCGAGCAGAGGAGAUGGAGACUGCAAACUAUGCAUAAAAAGUCCCUCUUUGGGGACAAGAAUGGUGCCCAGAUAAGGCUGGAGGAGACAUCAGACUUAUCAUUUGAUGUAGAUAAUGACUUUAACCUCAGUGCAGCUUUGGAGGACAGCAUGAGCAAACAAUCCAGUGAGGAGGAAUAUUGUCCAUGUGACUCUUGUGUGAGGAAAAAACUGGCUUCCAGGCCUGCCAGAGCCCCUGUGGUGGCCACCAAUGCCCCAGUGAUGAAAGCCUUUGAUUUGCAGAAAAUCCUGAGGCUGAAGAAGGAUGGCAAUGAGGAAGCUGUUGUUGCAGAAGCAGCCCAGGACACCAAAACACUUCCCAAUGGUUCUGUGGAAGAAGGGGCAGAAAACAAUGAGAAGGAUGAGGAGCAACCUCAGGCAGGUGAAACAGAAGCAGAGGAAGAAGAAGGAAAAGAGCCAGAAUUAAAUGAAGAUGAUGGCACAACAUUGAAUGGAGAUGGAGAAGAAACUGAAAUAGCAGAGAGUCAAAACACUGAGAUGGAAGAUGAGGCCAAAACUGAAGAAACCAAAGAAGAAGAAGCAGAAGAAGGAGGGGAAGAAACAAAAGAAGGAGAUGCUGAGGGCUCUGGAACUGACAACAAUCCUGAGGGAGAUGCUGUGGAAGGAAAUGAAGAAGCUGAGCAAGAUGAAGCUGAGGCAGAAGAAGAUGCAAAGCCAGAGUCAGGAGAUGAGGCUGAGGAGAAAAGCAGUGGAAAAGGUGAGAAUCCUGAUGAGAAUGAUGAGGAACCCACUGGGGAUGACCCUGAGAAUGCACAUGAAAAACACGAAGACCAAGGCAACAACAAAGUUUCUGAGAAAGCCUCAAAGACCAAAGGUAAGAGAACCAACAAAAGGUUAGAGACUCUGAAAAAAUCCACGGCCUUUUCUUGUUAUUCUUCUGUCGGAAACUUCUCACAGCAAUCCCAGAAGGGGUCUGAUGAUGAAGAGGAAAGAGUAGAUGAAGAGGAAGGAGGAGUCAAAGAGGAAGGAAUAGCUGAAGAGGAGGCAGUUGAAGAGGAAUGCAAAGGUGAUGAUAACCCCACCAAUGACCACCCAAAUGGAGAAGUUCAAAGUGAUGAGAGCUCCAAACCCUCUCAGAUGUAUCCCGACAGUGACGAAGAAGAAGAGGACAAAGAAUCUUCAGGUUCUGAUCCCGUGGGAGAUGAGGAGCACCCAGAUGCUGAAGGUGCAGAUCCAAAGGAGGCUGAAAACACUGAGGAAGUUCAGGCUGCUAAAAAGAAAGAAAACUCUGAUGAGAUUGACCAGGAUGACCUGGACUUCUAG